AUGCUGAGGACGUCAUCGAAACCUGUCUUCAAGAUAGCAACCUUAAGGGGAAGUGGAUUUGUGGGCUGCAUUAAAAGGUAUGCUUGCAUUUUCAGUGAGUUGAUAGCUCGACAUGAGGUGGGCUCGAAGAUUGAAUGGAUAAAGAAUAAAAUCCGUGCCACCUCCGAAAGUAGGUUGAAUUAUGGAAUUGAAAAUACAGGCCACGUAGCGGGGACGAGCUCUUCAGGCCUCAGCCUCCAAGAAUGGAGGCUCACUUCUCCUUAUUUUCAAGAACCAAAUUUUGUUGGUUUUGAGGACUUUGAGGCGUUGGUCUUGCGGUUGAUCGAUGACAGACAGCUGCUACAUCGUGUUGUUUCUGUCAUCGGAAUGGGUGGUCUUGGUAAGACCACUCUUACCAAGAAAGUUUAUAACACUGAUAGUAUUAAGACUCAUUUUGAAUCUUGUGCAUGGAUUUCUAUAUCACAAGAGUAUGGUGAGAGAGAUCUUCUGCAGAACGUCCUAAAUUGCCAUAUGGUGCUAUCAGAAGAGGAGCUCAAGAAAGCAAGCGUCAUUCAGCUGAAACAUCAAAUUUCUGUGUAUGUGCAAGAGAAGAGAUACCUGAUGGUAUUAGAUGAUAUAUGGACAAACCAAGCAUGGGAUGCCGUCAAAGAUGCUUUCCUGGACAUGAAUAAUGGAAGUAGGGUCAUGCUCACCAUGCGCAACAAAGACUUAGCUUUACAUGCAGAUGCUCGAAGCCCGCCUCAUGAACUGCCAUUUCUAAACAAUGAAGAGAGCUGGGAUCUGUUUUGUAGGAAAACAUUCUCAGGACAAGAUAAUGGUUGCCCUCAGAAUUUGGAGCACUUGGGAACAGAGAUCGUGGAAAAAUGUCAUGGUCUACCUCUUGCAAUUGUAGUUAUUGGGGGACUCUUAUCGUGGAAAGAAGGGAGAAAAUUUCCAGAGGACUACAAGUUCCAAACCAAGAAAUUGAUUCGAAUAAGGGCUGCAGAAGGGUUACUUCAACAGAGAGGGGAGCUAACAUUGGAAGAGGUUGGAGAGGAUUAUCUGAAGGAGUUGAUUCAAAGAAGUAUUGUUCAAGUUGCAGAAAGAAGUUCAAGCGGAGGUAUUAAAAGUUGCCGCAUCCACCAUCUUUUGUGGGAUCUCUCCCUAUCAGAAGCCAAGGAAGUAUGUUUCUUGAAGUUCACUGUGGGACUGCAAAUCCUCCUGAAACCAGAGCUCGUCGACUUGCAAUUCACCACAGAAACUUAA